AUGGAAUGCCAUACGCAGAUCAACAAUGCUAAAAAUUGUUAUUACUGUGAACAGUGUUCAAGAGUAUUUGCUUAUGCUUCACAGUUAAAGAUACAUCUGAGAACCCAUACUGGCGAGUUAAGGCAACAUCUGAGAACCCAUACUGGCGAGAAGCCAUUCGCCUGUAAACAUUGUUCAAAGGCAUUUUCGAGCGCUUCAAAUUUAAAGCAACACCUGAGAACCCAUACUGGCGAGAAGCCAUUUGCCUAUUUCAAUGAUCAUUUGGAAUAUUGA